AUGAAGCACUGGAUAGGUCUGCGGCCUGGUAGAGACGCGGUCAGGCUAGAUGCGGAGGAGCGAGACGGAAAGAUAUACAUCCACAAUUACGGCCAUGGUGGUAGUGGCCUGACUCUGUUCUGGGGUUGUGGUAAUAACGUCCUGCAACUGCUGGAGGAACAUUUGAGCUCAAUCAAACCAACAAUAACAAAUUCAAAACUUUAA